UCCAGAUAGAAAACAUCAGCCAACGCUGAGUUGGCCAUACAACCACCCAAACAUGGACCGUAAAAUGUUGAAUCGCUUGCUUGAAGUAUCGUUGAUCAAACAAUUUGCUUCACUUCCUUGACUUGUGCCUGGUUUGGUUUCAGACGUUUGACCUUUACCUGGCACCAGCCGGAGUUCAGGGGCCUCAAUCAAGUGCAUUUGAAGCGCAGCUGGUGUUCUUCUUCGGACCGCAGCUGUACUCAUGGAGCAUUAGUCGGACAUAGGAAUGUCCGAAGCGGGGACAGAUCCAAAUCUGCCUGGUGGUGCCUCCAAUGAGGCCCACGGGGCCCAUGGCACGGCCAAGUUCCAGCGGGCCCUGGAUCGAAACCGCCGCUUGCAGAGGAAGCGUGAAAACACGAAGAAGCUUUCACAUCCUCAUCCGCAUGGCUUUCACCAGGUCCCCACAAAGACUCCAUGGACCUCCGCCCAACGGCGGACAAAGCCUCACCGCAGCGCCCGCGCGCUCAUGAGGACCUGCUUGGCGAAGGGAUCAAUGGCGACGUGCACUGAUGUCCCAAGCGUUUACUUGGGCCGAGGCAGCCGCUCAAGGAAGCUGGCCCGAAAGCCUUCGGUGACCCCGCUGCUGAGCCUCCAGCAGGAUAUGUCCUUGCGCCCUGCGCAGGGAAUUGACUGGAUUGAUGAGACGGAACAGGAGACUCCCAGCGAGCCAAGCUGUGAUUGCUCAACAGUGGCAAAGGCUCUUGAGGCCCUAAAGGACAAGGCUUGGGAGCGCGAACGACGUCCCAUUCUCUUAGCGCUUGAGCAGCUGAUGGCUGAUCCAAGCAAUCUUCCACGCCUUGUCGACAUGGAAGGUGUGAAGGUGGUAUUGGACUGUUUACAACAGGAUGCAGCUGUGGCAAGUGGGCUGCUCACCAUGGUUACACGAAAUGCCAAAGGUCGAGAGCAAGUGAUGGCUGCAGAUGGUGUCAGGUUGCUAGUAACAGCUAUGCGCCACAGCCAAAGCUGGGAGGUGCAAGAGAAUUGCUGUAAGGCCUUGAAGGAGCUCGCUGUUUCGGAGGCUUCCGCGCGGGAGCAGCUUAAGGACGACGGCUUGCAGGUCGUCCUGGAUGCUAUGAAGAAACAUUUAUCAGUGGCGCGGGUACAGGUCGCUGCCUGUGGGGUGCUGCGGAAUACGUGCGCCUGCAGCAGCAAGUACCAAGCUCACCUGAUCUCCCUUGGAGCCGGACAACGAGUGCUACAAGGGAUGGCCCGCCACAACAAGGAUGCAACAGUGCAAUGUGCGUGCUGCUGGGCGCUGUUCUGCCUUUGUGCACAGAAGUGUCCGCUGCAGCAAGAGAUGGCUCGUCAGGGUGCUCUGCCUGCCGUCUUGCGCGCAAUGCGUUUGGCAAAUCCGAAGGUACAAGAGGCUGGAUGCUGGGUUUUAAGAGAGCUGGCUACCACCUUGACCUCCAAUGUGCAGCUGUGGCUUGAUGUGGUGCAGGCUGUAUCAACUGCCAUGCGAGACCAUGCUGGACAGGAGGUGCAAAAGGCUGGUCUAGCGGCUCGCCAGCGUUUGGCCCUGCGCGGCUUCAAGCUGACACAAUUGCAAGCUCAGCUGGUCAGGCCUUCCAUCGUGAAACGACGCCGAUCACUUGGCCCCGUGCUUUCUCCGAUUCCGGAGUAGGCUGUGAAGUACACAGGGCACAGUGGACCGAUCCGCUUACACUCGCGGCCAUGGCGUGGCCAGCGAUUCUGGGCCAAUCCGCCAUGGCUGAAGCGACUUGUGGUAGGCAUAGGUGACAUAGGAG